CGUCGCUCCGAAUUUCAGCGCUGGGAAAACACGUGCGCUUCCCGAUCGGCUAACGAUUUGUUGUUUGCGUUUGGAAUUGUUGUCGCUUGUUAUUUGUUGAUUUUUGAAUUGUGUGCGCGAUUUUCUUUCCGUAUAUGUAAAUUCAACGAUAUGCGUCAGGUUUGGCUGCUUUCUUUUGCAACAUAUAGGUAAAUAUAGGAUACAUUAUACAAGACUAAUAAUGAAAUUAUUGGUUUCACCCGAGUAUGCUGCUGAAAAAUAAGUAUUUUUUCUGUAAAUAUAUAUAUAAAGGAUUUUUCAAAACCGUAUUGUGGAAUGGACCCAAAAAGUUCGUUUUGUCGUUCGUUUACUACAGUGUCGCUUAGUUUUCGUGUGAUGUAAUAAAGCGUCGGUCGAUAGAAAAGUUUGUGGAUUUUUAUAUAUGAAUGAAGUGGAAAUCAAUCAAAUGCUAUGCUCCGCACAUUUACCAGCUGCUUCUGUUGGUCGUCGAAGACUCAAAAGGAUGACGACACUGAUAAUCCCGAGAAAGACGACGUUCGAAACGGUGACGACAUAUUCAGGAUCGAGGACAACAUCGCUGAACGUGAAUAUAGAGGUGGUAACCCCCGUAAUAAAUGUGCCCUUCAGCCAGGCCAUUCCCUUAUGGAUUGGAUUAGGUUGGGGUCAUCGGGCAAGGACCUCACGGGGUUGGGUCCCAAUGCGGGAACUCUUUCGGUGACGAAGCAGGAACUAGCAAAGCACAACAAGAAAAACGAUGCCUGGCUGGCGAUCAGGGGUCGGGUGUACAACGUUACCGCUUACCUACCCUUUCAUCCGGGGGGCGAAGAGGAGUUAAUGAGGGGAGCUGGGAUCGACGCCACUCAUAUUUUUAAUGAGGUACAUCCCUGGGUAAACUACGAGCAAAUUCUUCAGAAGUGUGUAGUCGGCAAAUUGGUGUCUAUGGAUCCAUCUAUAGACGCAGGGGCCUUAUUUUUCGGAGAACGAAAAUCAACAGCGUCGCCGAAUCAACUCAUUGUGUCGCCGACAAUCCCCAAAAACAACUCGCCACCUAAGAAAAUCGAUGUGGAUUCAAGGCCGGAGGAAACUUUGGAUCAAAUCUUGUCUUUGCCUAGAUUUGACUGGAUCCAGAAACUCGACUACAUCACCAUUAUAUUUUAUACGAAAGCAUUUUCUAACCCCCUCGUGGAAAUUCAACCUCCGUUAGAAGACAAAAACGUUGCUAUCUCAAUUACGUACGACGACACGCUCUUUAAGAACGAAGUGAGUUUCUACGAUAAAGUGACGUGGCCUUGCGAUGUAAACGUCGCUAUAGAAACCGGAAAAGUGGAAUUGGUUUUCAAGAAAUUUGUGGGCAAUAUUUGGGAUCACUACGGGGUACUGAAGCAGCAGAGUAAAGCUACGAGUAGCAUGUCGGCGAGUCAAAUCAAGUACUCGUACGCAUUGACAAAGAAAUUGCAGGUGAACUACAACACGUUGCUGUUGAAAUUCGAGAAGACUGACAAUGGGAAACUGAUAGUGCCACUUGGAAAGCACAUUAGAGUGUUUGGAGAUAUAAAUGGUAAUGAAAUUUCUAGAAGUUACACGCCGGUCCCGGACUGUUUAUUCGACAGACUCAUUCCCCACAAAACCACCAAGGAAACUAUAUGCCUGUUAGUGAAGAGAUAUAUGGAAGGAAACAUAAGCAGAUUCGUAACAGAUAGACAAAUUGAUGAUAUAGUCCAAUUCAGUAGACCUCUAGGAAAUUUUCAGCUUAAGCACGUAGAAAAAAAAGAAACGUUCCUGUUUCUAGCAGCUGGUACCGGGAUCACACCUAUGCUAUCUUUGAUUCUAUUUUUGCUAGAAAGAAGAGUUAAAAAAUGUCAAUUUAUCAGGCUCCUGUUUUUCAAUCGAUCAGAGAAAGAUAUUUUACUCAAAUCGCAUUUUGAAAACCUAUCUAAGGAAGACCCCAGAUUUAGAAUUGAACAUGUUUUGUCCGAGCCAAGCAGUAAAUGGACUGGGCCGACGGGACAUGUCAAUCAAGAGUUGGUGGAGAACGCUCUUCAAGAACAUCUGCAGGACACAGGCUAUACGAUAAAGGAUAUCUACGCUGUUAUUUGUGGUCCAUGUGGGUUUAACUCUGCAGCCGUGGACGUGCUCUUACAAAUUGGCCUUGAAGUAGGACAAGUGCACAAAUUUGAAGGAUAGCACGACGCAAAAUUUGAUUGCGGUGGUUUUUACAGCAACGCCGAUCGAAGCAACAGAAAUUUCGUAGGAACUCACGCCUUUAUAGAAAAUUUCGUUUAUAAGAUUAUCUGUUCGGUGGAGAGAAACCAUAUCGUGGAUGGGAGGGGUUUGGUUUUAAUUUGAUACUAACAGGAAAUACAGGGAAUACAGGGUGUGAUGAAGAUUUGAGGAAGGUAUAGGAUAUAUUUCGUUUAAUAACUCACCAAAUGUAGUAUAAAACGCAGGCCUAAGAAAUACCAGCUAGGUAGAUACAUUAUAAUUCUGUUGUAAAGCAUAUUAUUCUAAAAUGUUAAUUGUAGUUUUAAUUAUUGUGGAAAUUUAGUUAAAAUUGUAAUUUCCCAUAAUUUUGGGCCCCUAUUGGGUUCUUGAAAAACUGUUAUAAAUUCAAUCCUUUCGCAAUUUUAGUCAAGCAUAGCAAUAAAAGCUGUUAUAUGUAUAUAUUUGAUAUCAAAAUUUCGGUUACUUUUACACGUACUUGUUCAGUGCGCAAUAAAAUAUUUUCCCAAUUUGUUACGUGUACAUAUAUUAUAAAAAAAAUGAGUAUUUGAAAUUUAUUGCAAAAAUUUCAAAAACACUUUGUAUAUUACACACUAUGUGAUAGAUCUGCUUAC